AGGUUACAGGAGUCACAGAUCCCUGAAACUCGGCUGCCAGGGGAGCUGGGGUCACCCUACGAAGGCGUCCCGUCCAUACUGGACCCCUACAGGGAGCCACGUGUGCCCAGCCGGGGCACUGCCCCAGCUGAUGCCCCAGAGGGGCCACCCUUCUCAAGAAGGGCUCUGGGCCCCAGUCUGCCUCAUGGCGCAUGAGCCAGAGCCUGAGACUGAUGGACUGUUGGACCUGAGCUUCCUGACAGAGGAGGAGCAGGAGGCCAUUGCCGACGUCCUGAAGCGAGAUGCCCACCUGUGCCAGCUGGAGGAAGGGCGGGUCAGCAAGCUCCGGGCCUCCCUGGCAGACCCUGGGCAGCUGAAAAUUCUGACAGGGGACUGGUUCCAGGAAGCACGCUCCCAACGGCACCACCAUGCCCGCCUUGGUUCUGACCUCGUCCGAGCUUCUAUCCGUAGGAAGAAGAGCUCCAGGGGAGACCAGGCUCUGGGCAUUGAUAGGAAGGCUGAGGCUGCUGGGAAAGAGACUGAAGAGCAGCUGAAACCCAGGCUCUCCAUAGGCCAGGCCCCCCAAGAGAGGCUCAGCCAGGAAGCCGAGGGACCUGAUUUCCCCUCACCAUAUGUCCCCCCAGAGGCUUCAGAUCAUGAGGAGGAGCCCCAGGCCCAGGAAGCCCCUGGCCCAGGGGGCGCGCAGGUCGACGCCGAGGAGGUGGACCCGGAGCCGGAGCCGGAGCCGCAGGCGCCGUCGCGGGGAGAGAAGGAGCCGCAGCCCCGCCCAGCCCAGACCCAGGCGGCGGCCGAGAUUCUGGAGAACGGGGAGGAGGCCCCAGGGCCCGGCCCCUCUCUCGACCGCAUGCUCAGCAGCAGCUCCUCAGUGUCCAGCCUCAACUCCUCCACGCUGAGCGGCAGCCAGAUGAGCCUGGCCGGGGAGGCGGAGGCGGGCGCGGUGCAGGUGCGCGGCUCCGUGCACUUCUCGCUGCGCUACGAGCCCGGAGCCGCCGAGCUGCGCGUGCACGUGAUCCAGUGCCAGGGCCUGGCCGCCGCCCGGCGCGGCCGCUCCGACCCCUACGUCAAAAGCUACCUCCUCCCUGAUAAGCAGAGCAAGCGCAAGACAGCGGUGAAGAAACGGAAUCUGAACCCGGUCUUCAACGAGACUCUCCGGUACUCCAUCCCGCAGGCUGAGCUUCGGGGCCGCGUGCUGAGCCUGUCCGUGUGGCACCGCGAAAGCCUGGGUCGCAACAUCUUUCUGGGAGAAGUCGAAGUGCCCCUGGACACGUGGGACUGGGACUCCGAGCCCACCUGGCUCCCCCUGCAACCUCGGGUCCCGUCCUCUCCCGAUGACCUCCCCAUCCGCGGGCUGCUCUCUCUGUCCCUCAAGUACGUCCCCGCCGGCUCUGAGGGCAGGGGACUGCCCCCCAGCGGGGAGCUGCACUUCUGGGUGAAGCAAGCUCAGGACCUCGUGCCUCUGCGCUCAGGAUCCCCGGAUACUUACAUACAAUGCUCAGUGCUGCCUGAUGACAGCCGGGCCAGCCGCCAACGGACAAGGGUGGUGCGACGCAGCCUCAGCCCCGUAUUCAACCACACCAUGGUUUAUGAUGGCUUUGGGCCAGCCGACCUGCGCCAGGCCUGUGCUGAGCUCUCUCUCUGGGACCAUGGGGCCCUGGCCAGCCGCCAGCUGGGGGGCACACGCCUCAGCCUGGGCACUGGCAGCAGCUAUGGGCUCCAGGUGCCCUGGAUGGAUUCCACACCUGAGGAGAAGCGGCUGUGGCAGACACUCCUGGAGCGGCCAUGCGAGUGGGUGGAUGGCCUUCUGCCCCUCAGAACCAACCUGGCCCCCAGGACAUAGCUGCCUACAAGCCCUACCAAACCCCUCUCUCUCAACCACCAUCUCAGGGCCUGCCCUGGGCUAAAGUUAAUAAAGUCUAUUCUAAGGGCAA